AUGAUCCUGCCGCUGCCCGAGCCUUCUCCGAGUGAAAAUUUCAGCGAGAUCGCCACGAACGAGGAGAGCCUGAGGGAGCAAGAUUCCGCCCGCGUCCUUUUCUUUGACGUCUACGCCGGGCUCACCUUCCAAUUUCUGUUCUACUUCGCGUCAACUUCGAUCGCACUUUACGUCCCGUCGGUGCAGGAAUUUGCUAAAAGCGUCUACUGGACGGCGUGCGGGUUCCUCGGGGUGGCUUUCGUCGUCAUCCUCGUCACGGCGUGUUUACAAAGGGCGAGAAGGAGCUACCCGUGCAACCUGCUGUUGCUCAUCGUCCUCACGUAUUCGUUGGCCGUUUUUCUAGGGAUGUUCGCAGCUAAGCACGACCUCCAGGAAUUCCUCGUCCUCAUCUCCUUCACCCUAAUCGCCAACAUCAUGGUGAUAAUCACAAUUCUGACGAUCAUCUCGAAUGUCUUCUGCCUGUGCAACACUGUCAUUUUCUUUCAAAUCCUUCUGUACCUUUGGACUGUGACCUUCGUCCUCGUACACGCCCUCCCGAAUAUGAAGGUGCAGCUGGCCAUCGGCUGCAUCUUCGCCGAUCUCGUCUCGAUUUACAUUUUCUUCACGACGAAAAGGAUCAUCCGGGGCAGGUACGGCCACCUGGUGACCCCCAAGUGGAUUCAGUCCGUUUUGACCGUUUACGCGGCGGUGCCCAUCGAAUUCCAAACAUUGCUGCGACGUUGCUUGGGACUCGAAGCCAGGCCGUGA